AUGCCAUAUUUUUCAACCUCUGAAAGUCAUUUGAUCGAGUUCACCACAUCUCACAGCCCCAGAAACCCUAGUCUUGUGGGAUUCAGGGGAACCUUUUACACUGGACCAAGUCAAUGUCUUCAUUUUGCGGACGACUUGAAACCCUGGGGUUCCAAUGCCAUUGCCCUCCAAAUGAAUGUAGAGACUGCGAAGAAGUCGUUGGACUGGCACCUACCUCCUAAUCACGAAAAGGCCAGAAGACCUUACGAGGAUAGAUCCCAGAAAGGAUUUUGGGAUCUGGCCAUCUUUAAACAUGUCCUUUUCACCGCACCGUUAGAAACUGACCCCAAACGCAUUCGCCUUUCUACGGAUAAUUUGGCAUACUUUGAAUAUACCAACGAAGUUGUCCACUCAAGACGCACGAAAGGCGUCCCCCUCAUUGGGCGUAUCCAAUCGCAUUUCACAGGACGCGACCCGUGUGUCGAAAUAUUGGUAGCUCGAGCGUGUGUACCGCUUUUUGAUUACGUAAUCGUUGAGCUGUUCGUCGAGUUUGGUAAUAAGUCUGCCAAAGUUUCGUCUCUAGUUGACGGAACAUCGUAG